ACCUCAUUCGCGCUGCAACGUUGAUGAGCUCCUUUGAUAACUGAGGCAGUAAAAGUGAAAAUUAACGUUAUUUAUGAUGAUGGCUCGAGAAUAUUAAUUCAAAGACAUUUUGAAAGAAAAAAAAACUAGCAGAAAAAUAUGAACAAUUGAAGAGUUCAAGAAACGAUCGAAAAUAAUUGAUUGAAAAAGUAAAUUGACUCAUCACAGCGAACUAUCAACAUCAACGCAGCAUCACGUAUCACGCAGAAAUUACAUCAAGAAGUGGUGGCAAGGGAAAAUCACAGAAAAAAACUUGUAUUGACGAUUAUUACAUGAAGUGAAGCAACUUUUUUAAUUGAAAAAAAAAACAAAAAAAAACAUGGUUUUCAUUAGCUCAGCGAUAUUGGGAGCCGCAACAGGCACCGGACUUGCACUCAUGGUUGCCAUGAUGAUUGUCGUGUACCGGUAUUACGUUUAUCGUCGCAAAGGCGCCGAAUGGGAGGAACUGGACCGGCUCGAAGAGAAACGAAAUGCGAGAAAAGUUCAACUGUUACAGGAAUGUAGUGUGCCGAAGGACUCGCCGAUACCAAUUCAACCGCCUACAUCUGUGCCCUCACACUCGAUCAACACGGAAUUGCUGCGUGGCCCCUUGGAAAUUAGUCCGAGUCCGUUGCACCAGCAGCUACAGCACCAAAGUCGUUCAUUUCCACCGAGAUUACAACGCACACCAUCCAUCUCUAGUCAAAGUAGCUUAGAUAGUGCACCGUCACGGCAUUCGAGUCAUCGCGGAUCGUCACCUCAAAUUCGUACGUAUGCGCCAGAUGGGAGAUCUACAACGCUUCCACAUCCACCGGAUCAUCCACUUUUGCAUACACGUUCCCCGAGUCCCAUGCGAGCGAUAAGCCUUGACGCAAGAUGCUGCUCCCCGGCAUCCACUGACAUGAGUGACUUACGUACCCCGAGUCCCAGUCAAAAUAGCUUGGUUUCGUUGAUCAGUAGCGGUACCGGCACAUCUUGCGUCUCCCCGAAGCUCAAUCGAUGUUUGUCGCCUCUCCUGAUUCCGCCACGAACUCCCGUCGGCGUCGAUCCCUCUAUCGGUCCCGCAAGUCCUUUGGGCGCAUUACAACUGGAUUUAUACACGCGACAAGAGGAUCCCAUGUACAUCACGGCACCGAAGAACGCCACUCCGCUCGGUCGUUUACAUUUGCGUAUCAAAUAUGACUCACAAGUUUCCGAUUUGGCUGUUCACUUGAUAGAAGCUCGCGACUUGUGCCAGUUCGUCGAUGGAGGUUUCCGUGAUCCGUAUGUUCGCGUGUCUCUCCUUCCCGAAGUGGACCAGCGACAACGUCAAACGGCCAUUCACCGGAACGAGGUAGAUCCGCACUUUGACACGCACUUUAAAUUCCCGAUUUCACGCGAUCAGUUGCACGAAAAGGAACUUUUGUUGCAAGUACUUGACUACGAUAGAUAUUCGCAUAACGACAUCAUUGGCGAGCUCCGAAUCAAAAUGAGCAAGUUGGAGUUGGCGAAAUCAACGGAAAUUUGGGGAGAUUUGAUUCGUAUCAAAAAACCGCAAGAAAAUCGUCCCGAAUUGCUUUUGUCGCUGAAUUAUUUGCCGCAAGCGGAACGUCUGACAGUCGUUGUCAUGAAAGCGAAAAAUAUUCAAACACUUCAGGAUCCAUAUGUAAAGAUGUACUUAAUCAUUAAUGGAAAACGUCAAAAGAAAAAGAAGACACCGCUAGCCACAUCCAAUGAUCCGACUAAUUUCGUUUGGAAUGAGGCGUUUGUGUUUAAUCUCCACUCGAACGUCGUGCCUAAUGCAGGCUUAGAGAUUUACGUAAUUGGAGAAGGCGGUGAGGCAAAUGCCAUUGGAAGUUGUUAUAUUGGCUUACAGGAACCUGGUUUGGGGAGACAACAUUGGCAGGAAAUGCAACACAAUGCACGCAAAUCCACCGCUAUGUGGCACUGUCUCAGAUAAGUUUGUUUUUAAAGUAAUUUUUCUUAGAUAGAAUACACAAAAUAUUCAAAUGGAAAAUGACUAUAACUUUUAAAUAUA